AUGACCUGGUUGGAACAACUUCUAUCAACCAUGCAGCGGUCCAGUGAUGAUUCGUCUCUAAAGGUGGCUUGUUGUGCAUCAAUCUCACAUCUGAUUACAAGGUUGCCUGGAUUUCCAGAGUUAAAGAGGGAUUGGACUGCUCGUGCUGGGAGACUCGUUGAAUUACUUCUGAAGAUUUUUAACGAGGAUAAUCCUCACACCGUUCAGGAAAGUGCAGUGCAUCUGUUAUCUGCUAUCAUAACUUCAUCCUCUCUUCCUAGUUAUUAUGACAUUGUUGAAAAAGCAACUGUGUCAAAACUGUUCUCAGGAAAUGACAAUCCUAAUUUGCGGAAGAAGUUUGCCACCACCCUGGCAUUACUUCCAAAUUUCAAUAGAGGCAAGGAUAAUUGGCUUCCACUACUAAAAAGUAUACUAUUGUUGCUAAAUGGUUUAUUAACUGAUAUCUUCAGUGGAUUUGAAGACGGAUGUAAAUUGGAUGAAGCAAUGCGAUUGUUGGUUCCAGAAGGAGUAGAUAAGCCCAAAGAGAUAUGGGGCCAAAAGUUGGUAGAAGACGUCUCUGGAAAGGGAAAAAGGAUGGCUAAGUUACACACUGCCCUGUUACUGAUGUCCAGCUGUUUAACAAUGCUGACAAAUUCAUACCCUAUCCAGGUAAAGCUUCCUGUCCUGGCAUUGUUGGCCCUUGUGGAUAGGGUCUUGACGGUUCAUGGGUCUUUGCCAAAUGUGAAGUCCUUUGUGAUUGCAGCUGAACAAGAGUAUGUGUGUUCAGAGCUACCAGUUCUACAUUCAUAUGGUCUAGAUCUCCUUUCUUCUGUAAUAGAGUGCUUGCGCGGUCAACUACUCCGGCAUGCUGCACAUAUCUUCCAACUAGUUAAAGGUAUGGGAAUCUAUUUUGGGCAAGUGGUUGUCAGCAAUGCCCUCAUUGAUCUGAAUGAUGUUGCUGUUCACACAAUAGACAUGAGCUCAAAUGCUUCUUCUGAAGCAUAUGGGCGGCCUUCACAGAGCCAAGGAGCUUCAAAUUCAGUAAAAAAAGCUGCACUUGAGGCAAUAAAAGCUCUUAUUACCGUGGGGGGUGCUCUUUGUUCAGAGCCUUGGCGAUCUACUAUUGAUAAUCUUGUAAUAAACAUAGCGAAGAAAAGUUGCAUAGGUAAAUUGGGAGAUGAAAGGAGUCUCUUGUCCAAUGACCACCCUUCAAUGCUUUCAGAUCUUCAGUUUGCAGCACUGGACGCACUUUUGGCAUCUCUGCUAUCCCCAUCACGCACCCGCCCUCCUCAUUUGGCUCAAAGUCUUGAGCUUUUCAGUCGAGGCAGACGCGAGGCAGGAAUGAAGAUCUCUGAAUUUUGCACUCAUGCUCUUUUAGCCUUGGAAGUGCUCAUGCAUCCUCGGGCAUUGCCAUUUAUAGAUUCCUCCCUGAACCCAAGUACACCAUUUUCUAGAGGCAAUCAUGAAGUAGAGCUUGGUGGUGACCUCUUUGAUCGAAGAAAUAAUGACGUGCUACAUCAGAGCUGGAUAGUUGACACCAAGGAAACCGAGGACUCACUAGAAAUUGUGAGAAAACAAAUGGACAUGGAAGGAGAAAGUGCUUGUGAAACAGCCAUUGUUGAUCAAUCAGGAGAGAAGACUUGUGUGGGUAAUCCAGAAGUCCAGAUGAAUGAUGAAGCUGUGAUUAUGGUGGGUCUGGGACAGCCUUCUGAAACAUACAUGAUGAGACAAACGGACAUGGAUGAAGAAACUGAUCAGGAUAUAGCUAGAGUGGUUGAGCAAUCAGGAACAAGGACUUGUGUUGCUAAUGAUGAUGCAGAGGCCGAGGUGACUGAUGAAGCGGCGAUGAUGGUGGAUAUGGGAGGGUUAGUGUCUCCAAAGAGGAUGGACUUUGGUGCUGAAUCAGACAGUGAGUCAACACAUUCUUGGCCAGACAUUGUUCGUGCCAGGCCGGAUCCUUACUAGGUUUGGAGAAGAAUUAUGCUGCGGAGUUGAAAGGCUCGUUGGCGGUGUUGUGCUGGGCUGUGGCCAGCUCGAUGGUUUGUUAACGAGGUUUUUGGUAAAACUUUGGUUUUGUAAAACCUUAGAUAUAUGAUAAUAUAUUUAAAUUUGGUGUUAUUAUGGAUUUGAACAAGUUUAGUGUUUGCUUGUUGGAUUUCAUUAUGAAUUUUAUUUGAUUAGAGUUAUGGAUAUGGAAUACAAUUAUAUUGUUACUCUUAUCUAAUUAUAUUUAUAUAUUAUAA